AAGGCUAUUUCUCUGUAUUAAUAACGGAGAUGUAUUAGGAGGAGAAGAUGGAAGAUCAUUAGUUCUCUCAGAUCUCUCUUGGCUUUUUGUUUAACAGCAGCAGCGCACUCAUGUCUUUGUUUCUCAUCAGCCGUAGUCUCCGCCUUGGAGUGAGAAGAUCCUCCUCCUCUGUUUCUCUUCUUCUCUCUAACGCCUUCUCAACUAAUUCCUUGCGGCAAACCCCUCCUUGUUCCAUCAUGGGCGUAAGUGCUAAUGAACACGGCGGUCUAGGAAGACUCGGAGUUGCCUAUGCUAAUCAUGAACCUCCCGUGACUGAACUGGACAAGAUGAUACCUUUGGAGUUGGUGUUUAAAGAAUAUGAUGAUGAAAAAACCCUAACGAUAGGGGCAUCUCAUGGGUGGGUAGCUACUCUCAAGGAGGAUGGAAUCCUGCGUCUACAAGAUGAUUUUAACCCUGUGGCAUCGGAUGCAAAUCCGAAACGUAUCCCUCUGCCUCCUCUUGUGACUCUUCCUCAUUGCCAAACCAAUAUCAUCACCAACGUGUCAAUGUCAUCAUCUCGUCCAGAGGAUGAUGAGGACUGUGUCGUGGCUGUCAAGUUCUUAGGGCCUCAGCUCAGCUUUUGCAAACCAGCUGGUGGUCAGAGUAAACCACCGGAGUGGACCAACAUUAAGAUCGAAAACCCUUGCUUCUUCUCCUCUCGUGUCAUGUAUUCCGAGAAAGACAACAUGUUUCGCAUUCCCGGAGCUGGAGGUCACCUCAUUGGGUCAUGGGACCCUUGCAAUCCCAGCGACGACCCCAAGCUGCACAAAGUAGUGUUCCAAAACCUUCCUAAGCAUCUUCGCAUGGCUACACGUCAGCUUAUGGAUUCGUGCUUCACGAGCGAGCACUUGGUUGAGUCAAGACCCACCGGUGAGACUUUCUUGGUUAAGCAGUACAAGAAGACAGCCAAGAACGAGGACGGUGUUUCCAUACUGAAAACAGAAUUUUUAUUGGUGCUCAAGCUAGACGAGGAAGGAAACGCUGUCUACACUCAAGACAUGGGAGAUCUCAACAUGUUCCUCUCAAUGUCUGAACCUUUCUGUGUCACUGCUUCUUCCUUUCCUGGCCAUGGCAUGUACGCUAACAAAAUUUACAUCUAUGAUUAUGAUGAUAUGGGAGUUGUGUGUCUUGAUAACAUCCCCUUCCAAUUCUAUAGUGUAAGUGGUCCACAUCGUGUCCCUUAUCAGAUUCCACCUCAAGAUAUCGAAAACUAGUUUUGUAGCUUUCAUUAUCUCUGUGAGAUUGUUAUAUGUAUUAAUUCUCUUUGGAGAAAUUUCUCCUAUACUACUCUCUGAGACAUAUAUUACUU